AUGAAUUUGAUUUCACGUAACUCAUCAGGAAAACAAAUUUCGGCUUCUGAUCUUGGAUGGUUUUUUGUGUACAAUUAUUACGCAACUCUUACAACUAGACCGCGCGAUCUUUACCUUUAUUAUGGACACAAUAGCAGAUUUACUCGAGGUGUUAAUGGAAAUGACACAGUGUCGCAGGUGGUCGGGCAACAAGCCAUAAAACAAUUAUUUUCUCAACUUCAUUUAGAAAAUAGCCGCGCAGACAUCUCGUCUGUUGACACGCAGCCUUCUUCACAUAGAGGAUUGUUUGUUCAAGUGAUUGGGUCGAUUUAUAAUUAUGAUUCUCAAGAAUUCAUGACUGUUGCUGACGAUAAUCCAGAAGAUGCAGCCAUAACUGAUUCUUCACCUGACUGCAUUUCUAGCAAAAAUAAGCAUUUCGUCCAAACAUUUUUUCUUGUUCCUUGGGAAAAUGG